ACUAUUGCGAAGUAGAGAACGAAACCACGCUUUUGUCACUCGCACCUGCGCUUCCAGUUUAUCCAAAAUUAGGCCAAAUGUACUGAGAAGCUUUCUCAAAGCACUACUGUACGCAACCGGACACCAACUAAACUGCACUGGCAGGCUCGCCCUACCCUCACCAAUGCUCUCUCAGCCUGGCCCACUGACGUUUACACGAACCUGACUACCAAAUGUCAGCCCCAGGUCGACCUGCGUGUAAACGUACCUGUUCACAACACCUCCUCGGCACCGGACGGAGACCGCUGCUGCAGUUCUAUCGCAACUGCAAGCAGGGAUUCAGAGGGUUUUUUCCUCAUAUUGUCUGCGUCAUCGUCGUUGGAUUAGUACUGUCGACCUUCGACCUCCGCGGUCACGCGGCAGCUGCUGAGAAGAGCAUCGGCGACAUCCUCCGGAAAGGCGGCUACCGCGAGGACUUUGCCGGUGCAGCGCGCAUGAACAAGUUCGCGCUCGCCUUCAGGAUCGCCAACAAUAUUGUGUGCGGCCGGUGCAACUCAACGGGUAAAGAUGAGUAUUGUUUUCCCAAGUUGGCGAAGAGCAAAGAAAAUUGUGACAGAGAAGAUGCCUACUACGAUACCAAUAUAGAACACCAGUUGGACAAAUUUUUGCCCUGCCUGAUGCGUUACUCCAACGAAACGACCCUGCUGUGUCUCAUGGAAACACCGAUGGGCAUUCCACCUCCAGAUAAAGCUGACGUCGAAGACACAACGCAGCCGGAGGACGAGCCCACCACAACAGGCAGCGGCGUCGAAGGAGCAGAAACUGGGGAAGACGAGGCAGCGGGUGAAAUCGAACGCGAGGAGCGAGUCAUUCCCGUCAGGCGGCAGGAGCUGGUGGACAUCGUGUCGCAGGCCAAGAUCACCCGCGUCAUCAUCGGCGAGCAGCUCGCGGGCCCAGCCGCAAGGCGCCGUCGAAUUCUGGUUCGCCAUAAGCGCCCAUAAGCACAUGCUUGCGGAAACUGCAUGAAUCGCCAGAACAUCUAGUGAAGCAGACGAACAAUAAACAAACGAAUAAUCUGACAUAAGAACAAAAAGAAAACAAGACAAACCGAAAA